UAUAAGCCCGGCGGCGCUGGGGCCCGAGCCAGAGGCCGGCUGGUAGCCAGGCGUGAAGAAAGGGCACGUCCCCUCUCUCCCUCGUCCCCCGCCGAUGCCUUCCGCGGGGCGAUGCCGGCCGUACCUGCCGCUGCAACCCAUCCCGGCCACCCCGAGGGGGGACGGAGAUGUCCCACAUGGUGGUGGCGCAGUGGCUGUCCCCUCCUGGAAAGGAGCCCGCUGUACCCACGGCCACCGGCGACAGAUGCGGAGAGCGUUGGCACUUCCAUGUCCCGUGCGGAUCCUCAUAGCGUGGGAAAGACGCAAGCUGCCGGCAUCCGACCUGGGGAUUUAUGCUGUUAAUCUGAUUAGUGUAUGAUGGACGUGUCCAGUUGGAAGGAGAUGGAGGUGGCACUAGUCAGUUUUGACAACGCUGAUCAGAUCGUGGAGGAUCCCUGUUAUUCAAACGACCUCAGCCCCGCCGGCCAGUCGCGGAAAGGCCAUCCCAGCUGCGCCAACCUCCUCUCCAACUUGAGAAUCCUCAUCAACAGCGAAAACGCCAACAAUGAGACCAUUUUCUCCAGGUUCUCUGCCGAGUUCAGCGAGCACCUGGUGGGGGAGAGGGUGGGCAUGGAUGAGGGGGAUCAACGAGUCAUCAUCAACAUCGCUGGGCUGAGGUUUGAGACGCGGCUCAAGACCCUCAACCAGUUCCCCGAGACCUUGCUUGGGGACCCGGAAAAGAGGAUGCGUUACUUCGACUCCAUGAGGAAUGAAUAUUUCUUUGAUAGGAACAGGCCCAGUUUUGAUGGGAUCCUGUACUACUACCAGUCUGGUGGGAAAAUACGGCGUCCAGCCAACGUCCCCAUCGACGUCUUUGCUGAUGAAAUCACCUUCUAUGAGCUGGGUGAUGAAGCCAUGGACCAGUUCAGGGAGGAUGAAGGGUUCAUUAAGGACCCUGAGACCCUCUUGCCAACCAAUGACUUUCAUAGGCAAUUCUGGCUGCUCUUCGAGUACCCCGAAAGCUCCAGUGCGGCCAGGGGUGUAGCUUUGGUCUCCGUCCUGGUCAUUGUCAUCUCCAUCAUCAUCUUCUGCAUGGAGACUUUGCCGGAGUUCAGGGAGGAAAGGGAGUUUAAGUCCACCCAGGAGCUUUCUAAGAAUCUGACAGAAACCUUGCUGGCCCACAGCACCUUCACAGACCCUUUCUUCGUCAUAGAGACUGCCUGCAUCAUCUGGUUCUCCUUCGAGCUGUUCGUCCGGUUCAUCGUGUGCCCCAGCAAGACCGAGUUCUUCAGGAACAUCAUGAACAUUAUCGACAUUGUGUCCAUCAUUCCCUACUUCGUGACGCUCACCACCGAGCUGAUCCAGCAGAGCGAACUCAACGGGCAGCAGAACAUGUCCUUGGCCAUCCUGCGGAUCAUCCGGCUGGUCAGGGUCUUCCGCAUCUUCAAGCUCUCCCGGCACUCCAAGGGGCUACAGAUCCUGGGGCAGACCCUCAAGGCCAGCAUGCGGGAGCUGGGCUUGCUUAUCUUCUUCCUCUUCAUUGGUGUCAUCCUCUUCUCCAGUGCCGUCUACUUCGCAGAAGUGGAUGAGCCGCAGUCCCAUUUCUCCAGCAUCCCCGAUGGCUUCUGGUGGGCCGUGGUCACAAUGACAACCGUUGGCUAUGGAGACAUGUGUCCCACCACCUUGGGUGGGAAGAUCGUGGGGACUCUGUGCGCCAUUGCAGGGGUAUUGACCAUUGCGCUGCCCGUCCCCGUCAUCGUCUCGAACUUCAACUAUUUCUACCACAGGGAGACGGAGAACGAAGAGAAGCAAAUUCUGCCCGGGGAGGUGGAGCGGAUACUCACCAGUGUGGUGACGGGAACCGGCAGCAUGGAGUCGCUCAAUAAGACCAAUGGGGGUUACCCUCGAGACAAGGCCAAAAAAUGAUGGUCGAGGCCAUGACGGGACUAGGCCCUGUCAGGUGGGAUUGGCUGGAAAAGGUACAAAACAUCUGCACGUUAUGACUUUUUUUUUUUUAAACCAAAUGUGCUGCUGCUUUUUUUGGUUUUGUUGUUUUGUUUUUUUUUUCUAGACAUUUUUCAAUCUCUGGUUUCCUGUGGCUAUUCAAAUAAAUACCAUCUUUCUUAUCUCUCUUCCCUGCCCAUCAGUCUGUUUUUUAUUAUUUGAUGCUCAGCUGCUUGACAUUUCGCUUCUCUGUCCGUGGCGUCAGAGCGGAGUUUCCCAUACACAGAGAUUUCCCCCAUUUUCCGGAGGGGGGAAAAAAAGGGCAAAAUGACAUGAAAGGCUUUUGCUCGGUGGCACCCAGCUGUCCAGGGAUGAAGGUGAGUCCAGCUCCCCGCUUUUCUUAAUCCAUUUUAAAUAGUUCCUCCCCACCCACCACCGCUCAGGAUCUGGGGUUCUGCCCAAUUCCCAGACCUGGGGAUUG